AUGUGGGAGGGGUCAGGGGUGGGGUGUUCCUGUGUCCCCUCCUCCUCAGCUCCAUGUGUUUGUGUGUGCGCAAAGAAAGGAGAAAAGCACGUCCACAGCCGCCUGCCAUUCCCAUGGAUCGAGUUUCUCCCGCAUCAGCCCGUAGCUCUAUCUGCGCUGCCCACAACAGACUCUGAGCCCGGACCUGAGCCUGGACCUGAGCCUGGACCUGAGCCUGGACCUGAGCCCGGACCGUCCCGUGUGUCACAGAGCGCUCAGGAGGAGGGGGGGAUGUGGAGUCCCGGUGCGCGCUCCCUCACGCUCUGA